CUCCUGUGUGUCACGUGAUGCUGCGUUAGCUCGGUGACUCUGCUAUGUUUGUCGUUUGUGCUAACGUUUUAGAAAUGCUAACUUUCUCGACUGUGUGGGUUCACGGUCGCACCGGGACGCCUCGCAGCUCCUCGGAGACCCGGUCUGAUGGAACCCGGACCCGAACCCUCGACGGUGAGACGACCUGCUGGAGGCCUCAGCGUCACGUGACCUGCAUGCGGCGGAGCGGCGGAUAAAAGAUGGCGUGAGCGCGAGCGCGGCGGAGCGAAGAGGACAACAAACCUGAAGCACGAGCGCGACACAGAGCGGCAGUUUACCUGUCAGGUGAGCUCACUCAGCGGCUGGGACUUUUUGUUUCAGCUCCACUCUCUCACUGACAACUCUAACUGAUCCCCGCGCGGGCUUUAAUGAAGGUAAUGUUUGAUGUUUCCUCCAUUUUAAAGCUGAAACUAGCUCUUUGCUGCUAACGUUAGCUACACAGAGCAAUGACAGUGCGCCAGAGAGCACCGUCAACAACACCACCACAGCAAUGCGAGGGUGUAGUUACCUCAGUUACCUUUGCAUAGAGCUGGGAAGGACACCUGGGAGGAUUUAAUCACCUAAAAUCACAGGUAGAGCCAUAUGGAUCCUGGACAGGAUUUACUUCUCGCUGCCCUCAGUGAGAGCGGCAUUUGUCCGAAUGAUAUUGGCCUGUUCGAUUUGGAUCCUCAGGAUGUUGCACAGCCCUCCACGACGCAGCAGUCUAUCUCCAUCAACGCCCUGGAUGCCGGCGUGGGGGCGGAGUCGGUGGAAGCGGUUCGAGCUGAGGCCCUAGCUCCAGUCCCGAUAGUUGCUUUCAGGCACAAACCUCAGCCAUCAACCACCACGUUUGUCUUAAAUCAGCUGAAUCAGUUGCCGUCACUCGGAUCCGUUGUGACCAAACCAUCAGUUACAAACAACAUCAAACACACCAUAACAGUCACCAAGGUGGUUCAUGUCUCCAACUCAGCCCUCAGAGGUUCACCCGCCCCCUCUCCCCCCUCAGUGUCCACAGUCGUGCCUUGUAGCAGAGAACAGCAGAUUCAGCUGAAAGACCUUCUUAGGACGGGUAAUGUGAAGGGCACCGGUCUCAAAGGCAACAGUCUGAUGGAGCUCAUGAAACUAAAGCCUCCACCUGACAUUGUUACACCUGUUGCUACAGCAACAGCGACAGCUGAAAUCAACAAUGGCAUCAAGAAGGAAGUUUUGGGUAAAGACGCUGCCAGGAUCUGGAUCAAUGAGAACACUAAAAUGCAAAACUUCUCACAUUUUCUAAAACCCCCGGGGAUGAAAGAGGAGGAUGAGCCCGAGGAAGAAGAGGAGGAGGAGUUGGGUCAUGCAGAGACAUAUGCAGAGUACAUGCCAAUGAAAUUGAAGGUUGGCCUGCGGCAUCCAGACUCUGUGGUUGAGACCAGCUCCCUGUCGAGCGUCAACCCCCCUGAUGUUUGGUACAGAUUGUCCAUCCCAGAAGAAGUCAUUGAUCAAGGCUUCCUGUCGGCCCUGCAGCUGGAAGCAAUCACAUACGCAGCUCAGCAACACGAGACAUUCCUCCCCAGCGGUGACCGAGCUGCCUAUCUCAUCGGAGACGGAGCUGGUGUGGGAAAAGGCCGGACCAUAGCGGGGGUCAUCUAUGAGAACUACCUGUUAGGAAGGAAGAGAUCACUCUGGUUCAGCGUCUCUAACGAUCUGAAGUACGACGCUGAAAGAGACUUAAGAGAUAUAGGAGCGAAAAACAUCCAGGUUCACUCUCUCAACAAGUUCAAAUACGGCAAAAUCUCCUCCAAACACAACGGGAGUGUGAAGAAAGGCGUCAUAUUUGCCACCUACUCCUCAUUGAUCGGAGAGAGUCAGUCAGGAGGAAAGUACAAGACCAGAUUUCAGCAGCUGCUCCACUGGUGUGGGGAGGACUUUGACGGAGUCAUCGUCUAUGAUGAAUGUCACAAAGCCAAAAACGUUUGUCCGGUCGGAUCAUCCAAACCCACAAAAACCGGGCUGGCAGUGUUGGAGCUGCAGAACAAACUCCCAAAGGCUCGAGUUGUUUAUGCAAGUGCUACAGGUGCCUCUGAACCACGAAAUAUGGCCUACAUGAAUCGUCUGGGUAUCUGGGGACACAAAACACCCUUCAGGGAGUUUGGGAACUUCAUCCAAGCUGUUGAGCGCAGAGGUGUGGGUGCCAUGGAGAUCGUAGCUAUGGACAUGAAGCUAAGGGGGAUGUACAUCGCGAGGCAGCUGAGCUUCACAGGUGUCACCUUUAAGAUCGAGGAAGUCCCCCUGAGCAACAAAUACAUCAACAUGUACAACAAAUCAGUGCUGCUGUGGGUGACCGCACGGGAAAAGUUCCAGCAGGCGGCGAACCUGAUGGAGGCGGAACAGCGCAUGAAGAAGUCCAUGUGGGGCCAGUUCUGGUCCGCUCACCAGAGGUUCUUCAAGUACCUCUGCAUCGCCUCCAAAGUCCGCAGGGUGGUCCAGCUGGCUCGAGAGGAGGUCCAAAACGGGAAGUGUGUGGUGAUCGGACUUCAGUCCACAGGAGAAGCCAGGACACUUGAAGCCUUGGAGGAAGGAGGAGGAGAGCUCAACGACUUUGUCUCGACUGCAAAAGGUGUGCUGCAGUCCCUGAUUGAGAAGCACUUUCCAGCUCCUGACAGACAGAAGCUUUAUAGCCUGCUGGGUAUCGACCUCUCAGCCAAGAAGACUCCCUCUCCCAGUGAGGCUGCAGCACAACAAGAGCAGAAGGGCAAGAAGAGGAAAGGUCUAGAGGUCAAAAAGCAGCCGAAGAAGAAGCACCGUAAGCACGGAGGUUUGUCAGGAACGAGCUCGGACGAGAGCCAAUCAGAGGACUCGGACAGAGAGUCGGGGAAAGACAGCGACGACAGUUUCAAAUCUGUCAGCUCAGGAGACGAAGACGACGACUUCAACCCGUUCAGAGACGAGUCUGACGACGACGGGGAAGAUGAUCCAUGGCUCAUCAGGAAAGAACCAAAGAAGGGGAAAGAGAAGAAGAAGAAAAAGAGGAGGAGCAGUGUUGAUCCAGACUCCAUUCAAAGUGCCUUGUUAGCCUCGGGGCUUGGCUCCACCAGGCCUGCUUUUACCGCUCCGGUUAACCCCUCCAUCACACCUGCCCCAGUCAAAGCGGAGAGUCAGGACAGCUGCAUAACAAGUCAGGACGCAGUGGAACACGCCCAGCAGAUGAAGAGAGAUCUGCUGGUAAAACUGGAGGAUCUGGCCGAGGAUCUUCCUCCCAACACUCUGGACGAGCUCAUAGACGAGCUGGGAGGACCGGAAAACGUGGCUGAGAUGACGGGACGUAAAGGGAGAGUGGUCAGUAACGACGACGGCACCAUCACGUAUGAGUCUCGCUCUGAGCUGGACGUCCCGGUGGAAAUCCUCAACCUCACAGAGAAGCAGAGGUUCAUGGAUGGAGAGAAGAACAUCGCCAUCAUCUCAGAAGCUGCCAGUUCAGGUAUCUCCCUGCAGGCCGACCGUCGCGUGAAGAACAAGCGGCGGAGAGUCCACAUGACGUUAGAGCUGCCGUGGAGCGCAGACAGAGCUAUACAGCAGUUCGGGAGAACUCACAGGUCGAACCAGGUCACAGCUCCAGAGUACGUUUUCCUCAUCUCAGAGCUCGCAGGAGAGCAGAGAUUUGCAUCCAUCGUUGCCAAAAGAUUAGAGAGCCUGGGAGCUCUCACGCACGGAGACAGAAGAGCGACAGAAACUCGAGACCUGAGCAGGUUUAACUUUGACAACAAGUACGGCAGGAGUGCUCUGGAGAUCGUGAUGAAGUCGAUCGUGAAGCUUGAUUCUCCGUUAGUGUCUCCGCCUUCUGAGUUUAAAGGAGAUUUCUUCAAAGAGAUUCAGGGCGGAUUAAUAGGUGUGGGCCUCAUAAACAUCGAGGACAGAUCUGGAACAAUGUCUCUGGACAAAGACUACAACAACAUCGGGAAGUUCCUGAACCGUAUUCUGGGCAUGGAGGUCCAGCAGCAGAACUCCUUGUUCCAGUACUUCUCUGACACACUUGGAGCCGUCAUCCAGGAAGCAAAGAAGAACGGCAGAUAUGACAUGGGCAUUCUGGAUCUGGGCUCCGGCGACGAGAAGGUGAAGAAGGUGGACUGCAGGAAGUUCCUGACACCGGGCUACACCACAUCAGGGCAUGUGGAGCUCUACACCGUGAGCGUGGAGAGGGGGAUGUCGUGGGAGGAAGCUACGCACGUCUGGGCCGAGCAGAACGGAGCAGAUGACGGGUUCUAUGUACAGAUGAGGAACAACAAGAAGACAGCCAUCCUGGUGAAAGAGGUGAACACUAAGAAGAGACUCUUCCUGGUCUACAGACCGAACACCGGCCGACAGCUCAAACUGGAGACAUACGCCGACAUCAAGAAGAAGUUUAAGAAGGUGAUGUCAGACGACGCCAAGCAGCACUGGACGGAUCAGUUCAUCUCAUCUGCUAAGAUCUGCUCUCAUGCGUACUGGCGGGGGAACUGUAAGAAAGCCUCGGUGGGUCUGCAGUGCGAGGUCGGUCUCCGGUGCAGGACGUUCUACGUUCUGUGUGGCUCGGUGCUCAGCGUGUGGAACGAGGUGGAGGGCGUCCUCACACCGGUCAGCGGAACCAACGUGAAGGUGCAGAUAGUCCGGCUCCGAACGGAGGACGGACAGAGGAUAGUUGGACUCAUCAUUCCACCAAACUGCGUGUCUCCGCUAAUCAACAAGCUGUCCACGUCAGACCAGUCCCAGCAGCUCGCCGUGCAGGAGCUCCAGAAGCGGCAGCAGCUCCACCCUCAAAGCCUCAGUCACGCUCCCAACACAUAGUCCGAGAUGAACCGACCCUCAUCUCCAAGCCCUCGAGUCCAAGACAACCCGGUCCAAGAGGAUCUGACUCCUCAGUCUCUGUCUCUGCACUGCAGGAUCCAGGACCGCUGUCCCUCGUCCCGCACCCUCAUGUAUCCCCCCCGUGUGUCUCUGAGGGUCUGAGCUGUCCCAGCGAGCCGUGGACCCUCAGACGUGGAGCGGUGGUUUGUACAGAGAAAAGAUUUCAGGGUUUUUCUUCCUUUUUUUUUUUUUAAAUCUCCGAAGACUCUUUGUUUUCACCUGGAGAGAUUUGACGGGUGAUGUUUCGUCCUCUGACAUUCAGAGUGAAAAGUUUGUGAUAUAUUGAUGGAGUUGAACUCAGAGGGCAUGUUGGCCUGUGGCUGUUGAUUCAUCCACUCCUCCUCUGCUUUAAUCCGUUUAGUUUGGACUAACUGGUAUGAAGCAAAGACUUUUUAGUUCUUGAGAGCUACUUUGAUUCAUGCUAACGUGGGCAUUUAAUGCUAAACUACAAUCUCGUAUCGAUGUGUGUGUGUGUGUGCGGCCUCCUCACACACUCAACACUAACAUAGUAAGAGACUUUGUUUUGUUUUGUAGAAGAAGCUGCAGAAAUAAGUUCAGUUAUCUGCAGGGAAUCAAACCGAGUCCUUGUUUCACCUCAAAACACAACCGUCACUUUCAGAAUCUCAGACUAACCUCGGCUUCUUUUGGUGUUUGUCUUGUUUUUCUUUGGUCUCAAAUUAAAUCAAAGUUCCUUGGUUUGCUUAAUCAAUGUUUCCACUCACAUUUUGUUCUUCAUCGUCUGCGCCGUCACUUUAAAGGCACUUUUAAGACAUUAAGGGUCCAAAAGGUGCAGAAACUGGAAGAGGUGAGCUUAAAAAAUGAACAGAAAUCAGAAGUUCAUUCUUUUAUUCCCUGAAAACGACACAAAGACAAAUCUGUAGUUGCAAGAAAACACAAUUCUGUCUCCUGUCUUUACUUUAAAAGACGAGCGCUAUGUCAGAACAAUCAAAGUUGGACAACAGGAUCCUGUUUCAGCGUUUAAAAUCGUGAACUGAUCCUUUAGCAGACUGGUUUUUGUCGUAGAGCUAACAUCAUUAGCUGUCGGGCACCUUUAAGAAUCUGGAACACGACUAAGAUCAGGGAAAGAUUCGGUCAUUUGUCCACCAGCUGUUUGGCUGCGUGACAGAAAGUAAACAUGCUUCAAGAUGAAACUGAAAGAGUUAAAAAUGAGGAAGUACUGAUGUGUUUAAGUCCCUGUGAAGCUCAUUCAAUCUGUUUUAAACUGCUGAGAAGUACAGCCAUGGAAAAGCUAGAUCGUCACUCUUUAAAAAGUCGUCAGAGACAGAUCUGACAUGAUUUGUUGUCUGACGUCCAGCAGCAGCAGGAGGAGUUGAAAAGCUCUCCUCGCCAAGGAACCGAUUUGAAACCCAACAAAGACCGCCUCCUUUCUGAUUUUCUGGUUUUUAUUUCUCGCCUUCUUCAAACCGAACACUGCUCAGGGUUUAAACGGACACAAAGACCCUCCUUGGAAACACAGAAACCUUCUUUGAGUAUAUCUGCAUGAUCAUGACUCCAACCCGCCUCCUAUACCUCCGUACUCAGUGAUGUUGCUCCGUGGUUAGCUGUGAUGCGAACACGUCUCUCACUCCUCUGCUGUCUUGAGCCCAGUCGUGAUUAUAACGGAUAAUUGCUUCUGUUUAACGUGUACCUCUUCUCUUCUCAGUCCUUUUUUUCUGCCAUGCACAGAAUCUCUGAAAAACAACAGACCAAAUUUAGAGUGAGUGAGCUGUCCCCAAAGCUAACAUGUCAGCCUGUGGAUGAGUCCAUGUUUUGGUGUUCCUCCUCCUCCUCCUCCUCCUCUGUGUGGAGUGAAAUCAGAAGGAAGAAGUCUUUGUAUCAUACCGAUGUUCAUUUUGUACACUUUGUAAAACUCAAAUUCUUCACGCUGCACAUCUCGGCUUCCCCCCCCCCAGCUCUCUGAUCUUUUUUAUUUUAGAGUCCACCAUUUUACGACUACUUCCUGUUUUCAUUUUGUCACGAUGUGGUUUCAUUGUUUUUGAACGCUGCAGAUCGGCUCUCCUGAAGUUAAGAACACUUGAAGGACUUCUUUUGUUUCCCUUCCAUCACUGCACGAGUUGCACUACUGACAAAGAGUUGUACAAAAUUCAACAGGAUGUGUAAAUGAAUGAGUGUUAUGCUCAAUAAAAGCUUGUUAUACUUCUA